AUGCAAAUAUACACACGGGGGCGGACAGUCCCCUCCGCCCCUCUCCCAGUGCUCCCAGUAGCCGGCCUUCCCCUUCCUCCAGUGCUCCCAGUGCCCUCCCCGCGCUCCCAGUGUCCCCGUGAGGCGUCAGGUGACAGCGGGGCCGGGGGGAGGCGACCCCGCUUCCCCUUUUGGGGCCAUAAAGGGCCGGAGUGGCCGGAGCGGGGGGGGGGGGACACGAGGGGACAGGACGGGACAGGCCGGGACGAUGCUGGCACUGCUGUGGCUGACGGUGGCCCUGGCCACACCCGGGGGGGCCACGGGGGGGCUCUGACCUUCCUGGCCCUGGGGGACUGGGGGGGGCUGCCCGACCCCCCCUUCGUGACCCCGCGCCAGGUGGCCACGGCGGCCGCCAUGGGCCAGGCGGUCACCGAGCUGGGCGGCGACUUCGUCCUGGCCCUGGGCGACAACUUCUACUACGAAGGGGUGCGGGACGAGUGGGACCCCCGGUUCCAGGACACCUUUGAGCGGGUGUUCGUGUCCCCGGGGCUCCGGGGUGUCCCCUGGUACGUCAUGGCCGGGAACCACGACCACGCCGGCAACGUCACGGCGCAGCUGCGCUACAGCCACCACUCCCCACGCUGGCACUUCCCCCACCCCUACUACAGCCUGCGGCUGCACAUCCCCGGCUCCAACGCCUCGGCGCGGCUGCUGGUGCUGGACACGGUGCUGCUCUGCGGCCACACGGACGACUUCGGCCUGGGCGACGUCCCCGCGGGGCCCCGGGACGCGGCGGCGGCCGGGGCUCACCUGGCCUGGCUGCGGGCGCAGCUCGAGGCGGCCGCCGGGGACAGGUUCGUGCUGGUGGCCGGCCACUACCCGGUGUGGUCAGUGGCCAAGCACGGCCCCACGCCGUGCCUGGUGCGGCUCCUGCGGCCGCUGCUGCGGCGCCACCGCGUCACCGCCUACCUGUGCGGCCACGACCACAACCUGCAGUACCUGGAGGAGGGGGGGGUGGGCUACGUCCUGAGCGGCGCCGGGAAUUUCAUGGAGGAUUCGCGGCCCCACGACGGCUCCGUCCCCCCCGGCUCCCUCCGGUUCUUCUUCGGGACCCCCACGAGUCCCGGCGGCUUCGCCCACCUGCGCCUGGAGCCCGGCGCGGUCACCGUCACCUUCCUGGAGGCCACCGGGCGCGUCCUGCACCGCGUGACGCUGCCCCCCCGCGACCUCUGACCCCCCGCCGGGGACACCGGGACCCCCUCCCUGGGGGACACCCCGUGACCUCUGAUCCCCCCGGUGACACCGGGACCCCCUCUCUGGGGGACACCCCAUGACCUCUGACCCCCCCGGGGACACCGGGACCCCUUCCCUGGGGGACACCCCGUGACCUCUGACCCCCCUCCUGGGACACUGGGGACACUCGGGACACCGGGACCGCUGGCUCUGGGGACACCCCGCGAUCUCUGACCCCCUGGGGGACACUGGGGACCGGACACUGACCAGUGACCCCCGUGACCCCUGACCCGGGGGGACCCCAAUGACCUGGGGGACACUGGGGACAUGGAGUGGACACUGCGACGCCCACCUGGGCUGCCCCCGUGACGACUGAGACCCCAAUAAAGCCUUUGAACGGC